AAAGCAAGCACUUUGCCUCCGAGUUCAUUUCAAGUCCCCAGAGGGCAACAGACAUUAGCUGAGUACCAGAGAGACAACCCAGGCAGGACAUGUGGCUGUUCCUGGUUCUGUUCCUUCCUGUCGUCCAAGCCUCAUCUGCCAUCACGGCAAGGCCAACUGCAGUGAGUGGCUCUGUGAAGGGCUCACUGACUGUGCAGUGUCUCUAUGAACCUGGGUGGGAGACCUACAAGAAGUGGUGGUGUCAAGGAGCCGAGUGGAGUAACUGCCAUAUCCUUGUUAAAACCAACGGAUCAGAGCAGGAAGUGAAGGGUAAAAGAGUGUCCAUCCAGGACAACCAGAAAACGCGCACAUUCACCAUCACCAUGGAGGAUCUCAGGUUGAGUGAUCAAGACAUCUAUUGGUGUGGGAUUGAGAAAUCUGGAACUGACCUUGGGGACAAAGUAAAUGUGUCCAUUGACCCAGUGGCUGUGGAGUGUCACUAUGGCCCACAGUGGGAGACGUAUGUGAAGUCCUGGUGUCAAGAUGCUGAUCCGAAUGGCUGCACCAUCUUUGUUGAAAUCCAGGGAUCAAAGAAGAAAUAUGUGACUAUCAAUGAGAAAGAGCACACAUUCUCCAUGUUCGUGAGGGGGAAGUAAAACAACUUUUGAGAAAAAAUGACCUGCUGUUUUUCUGAGUCGCUCCCAGGCAUUUUACAGGAUGGCAACCCUGCUCACACCCCUGUUCUGGAAAUUUAGACAAGCACCCAAGCUUAGAAUUCCUCCACAAGUUCCUUCUUUGCCUUUUCUGGGGCACCUUUUAAAUUAACCACUUGGAGUUGGUUCUGUGGAAAAUCAAUGGCAUUUUACCCGACCCCCUUGUAAGUCACAGGGGCUGUCAUCCUGCUCUCAGUCCCCUGCUCGCUCGUGGUCCAGGAUGGGGGGCUGCCCUUCCCCAGGCUCACGGAAUGCCUCUCCCCUGGAUCUGUAAACAAUAAAUAUUGAGACUCUGC